CAAUCGCCUGCGCCGGCUUUCAGUUCGCGGCGGAUCCGAAGAGAGCGGAAGGAUCCGGGCAGUUUAGGGCUGAAGCGCCGCGCGAGGGAUGGAUGCAGCAGAAAUCCAGGUGGAGGCUGCCGCCCUAGAGGCCCUGGCCAACCUGGCAGAUGUCCUAGCAUCUGUAGGUCUACAGGAGGAGGCCGAAUUGCCAGCUCCAAUCCUGGCUGAGUUUGUGGUGGACUCCCGAAAGAAAGACAAGCUGCUCUGCAGCCAGCUUCAGGUAGUAGACUUCCUGCAGAACUUCUUGGCUCAGGAAGACACUGCCCAGAGUAUGGACUCCUUGGCUUCUGAGGACACGAGCCGACAGAAGGCAGUUGCAGCCAAAGAACAGUGGAAAGAGCUGAAGGCCACCUACCAAGAGUAUGUGGAGGCAAUCACAGGUGCCCUGACCCAGGCCCUGCCCAAAAUGGAAGAGGUUAAAAGGAAGCAGGCACAGCUCCAGGAGGCCCUUGAACAGCUCCAGGCCAAGAAGCAAGUGGCCUUGGAGAAACUCAGAGCAGCCCAGAAACAGUGGCAGCUGCAGCAGGAGAAGCGUCUGCAGCAUCUGGCAGAAGUGUCUGCAGUGAUAAGGGGGCGUCAGACAGGAGCUCAGCAGAAGCUUGAGCAGCUAUAUCAGGAACUUGGAACCCUGAAGCAGCAGGCAGAGCAGGAACAAGAUAAGCUUCACAGGCACCAGACCUUUCUCCAGCUGCUUCACAUCCUGCAGGGUAAGCUGCUAUUCCCUGAGGCAAUGGCAGAACUACCUCAAGAGCUGGAUCUUCCUGAGAAUAAGCCCCAGCAACUGACCCAGCUCCAGGAGCAGAACACUGGGAACAUCACUAGCAGAGAUGGGGAUGUGUCCUCCAAGCCCUUUCUUAGGUUCUUCUAAAGACUACCCAUGUUCACUGAUGACUUUUUCAAGGUAGAUAUGUGCAAGGAGUGACCUUGCCCUGGGAAAUUGUGAUCUCUUACACAAAGAGAGAGAUAGACUUGUAGGAAUUGACAGUGAUUGCUGAAAAGGCCCAGCUGUGUGCCAAAGAUUUCCUCUUCCUCUUUUCUAUCCAACCUAGGGACACAGCAACCAGUGAAAAGUAGAGAGGGAUUGGAGACUAGCCAGUGAAUCGGCAAAAUCAAGACCCUGUUACUCCACCUCGACCAGAAAUGUUCUUGAUAAAGUGAUGCCUAGGUUUACUCCAUUAAACAAAUGGAAAACUUUUUUCCUGUUCUCUGUAAGCAUAAUGUUUUCCUUUUUAAACAUUUUCUUUUAUGAUAAAACAUUUUGCUUUUUUCUAGUUUUAAUUUCAUAUUUUCUAGGUAUUGUCAUCAUUUGGGAAUUUUCCAUUUUUAAUUUUUCAAGUUUUAUUGGUAUGAAGUUGUGUUAACUUUUUUUAUCUUUUUAAUAUCUAUAGCCUGUUUUAGGAUUGCCUAAUAUUCCUGAUUUUUGUGCCUUACCUAAUUUAAUUGAUUCAUCAUUUCAGAUGUUCAUUCAUUUUCAAAUAUUCAAGGAUUCAAAGAUUAGCUUUUGUGUUCUACUAUCAUAUGUUUAUUCUGGUUCAUGGAUUUGUAGUCAUAUCUUGAUCAUUUUCUACCUUCUGUUUUUAGUUGGAGAAGAUGCACUUUUUUGUGUGAUCUUUUUAUCAGAUGAUAAACUUGUGUAUUUGGAUCUUCAUUUGAUUUCUCAAAUAAACAUUUGACACUAUAAAUUUUUCUGGCUUCCCCUAAAUAUUUUCACAGCCAUUCAAUUCAUAGAAUUUCCAUUUCUCAUUAUAAUUAUUUGAUUCAUUUUGAUAAUAAUUUCUUAGGGAAAAAAAUUUUGUGGGAGCAUAAUCUUUCUAAGUUUAUUCUUAUUUGGUCAGGUAAUGUUGAUAUAAUAAAAACUGAAAUUUGGUGAGUGAAGUACUUAUAGUCUUGAGUGUGGUCUCUAAUGUUUUAUAUGAAUUUUAAAAAUAGCUGCUUUAUAAUUGUCAUGUGUACUGUUUUCUAUUUGUCUAUUAUAUUAUGCUUAUUUUUUCAGCUUAUACCUUUUAUAUACUUUUAUAUCUUUUACUAUAUACAUUUACAUCUUUUACAUAUGUUGCAUAUCUUUUUACUUUAUAUGUUUGUAUCUUUUAUAUACUUAAUCCUCUGCUUUGGUACUCUGUAGUUUGAGUACUUUAUGAAUAAUUUGGGAUUGUGGUUUAUUCAUUCGUUCAAUCAUUCUGCUUGCAGUUAAACUAUGUGCAGCUGCCAGUCUUUCAAUAAUUGUGAAGUAUUUUCAGCUUUAUCUCUAAAAAGUACUCUUACCUCUUCUGUAUUAGCUUCUUCUGAGACAAUUGUAUUUUCUGUGUUUUUCAUACUAUAUAAACUUUCUUUUAUAUUUAUCAUUAUUUUUUCUCUUUAGAAUGUAUUUAGAUGCUUUCCUUAAAUCUAUUUUUGUUAAACUGUAUGUUAUCAGUCUGUUAUUUCACCAUUAGCUUAAUUUUUUAUUUUCAUUUCAAGUGGUUGAAUUCAACCCCAGUCUACUUUAUUUGGAUUUUGUUGUUAUUAUUCUGACUCACGUUUUGACCUUUUAUUACUUUGAA